UGAAGUUGUUGAAAAAUAUUGGACUGAAUUGUUAUUGAAUUGGAUUAACAAAUGUGUUCACCCAGAGAAAACAGUGAAGCAACUGAAUAUCAAGAGUCUGGUGUUUGUUUUAAAUAAAUAUAAACAAGAUAUCUACGGACAAAAUGUUAAGAAACCUGUAUUUAAUGUAUAUGAUAUGCAGGCGUUGCUCAAACAUAAGUAUCCGCAAUUGAAAUUGAGAUGCUUUUUCGAACUAAGAGAUAUUCCAAACAAGUUAUAUGUUAUGUAUUCUAUCAUGCUGUUCCAUUGCUGUGUAAAUUCAGAGGAAAGUGACGUGGAUAAAGAAAUAUGCACCAAUUUAACGAAGGAGGAACAGAAUAUGAUAUUGAAGUUUUGUGAACGAUUGGCUGACAUGGAAGUGACGGCUAGCAACAUUCAGUGUGCUAUCAAAGAUGCAUACGGACUAAUGAACUCAAAUGUAAAGGCUAAGAAAGAAGUCAAAGACGCUGAAACACUAAAACAACUCGAUUCUGAAUAUAGCAAACCAAGCACAUCACCAGGAAAAAGUUCCUACAAUACUGUUACGACAGAUAACACCACAGCCAAGAAGGACGAUAGUGAACUUUCUGACUCUACAAAUAAAGACUCAAAUACUUUGAAAUUCAAGUCGUCAGUAACUGUACUGCCGUCUACUGUCACUGAUACCUCAUAUUCAGAAGUUGAUUAUGUUGUAAAUUACACUUCUAAGUCUGAUGUGACUGAAAAGGAACCAUUUGAUAAAGCACCUAAAGUUCAACUUCACGUGCAUCGGUAUACAUCUAGGGAUGGAACUGUGGCUACGGAAUCUGCUGACUUUAGAAAGAGAUGCGGUCUUAAUUGUGCAUGCAAUAGAUGCAGUCCCAAUGAACCUUGUUGUGGAGGAGAGCCAAGAAAAGGUUCAAUGUUUUCUCAACAAGAGUAUAAAGCAUAUCAUUACGGUGAAAAAAAGGGAAAUAUGUUCACCAAUUUUCCAUACGAUUUGGAUUUCGAGUUUAACUGGAUGAUUUUUAUCAUCGUUAUUAUACUUCUUUUGCUCAUCGUAGCAGCAGGAGUUUUAGCAUAUCUAUAUUUCUUUCAUCCAUGGGGAAUGAAUAAAACCGCCGAGUCUACUGCAGAAAAGAUUGAGGAGUUCCGAAUGAGUGCUAGUCAAGAAGCUAGAGUAUUCCAGUUCAACUCUUACAUCUGCAAGAACGGUUUUUGUGAAAAACUCAUUGGACCAACUUCGGAAUACUUCUACUCUUCGUUAAGCAGGUGCACGCUCUUAUGCACAGGACCACAAAUAUGGCCGUUCCCCAUAGGCUACACUUACUACAGCAAGAAGAUCGUAUCCCUAGCCACAAGCCGAUUAGAAUAUAAAUUCAAUUCUGUACCUUCCGAAGCUGUUCACAUAUAUCUAGCAGAGGCCUUCAAAUUAUUCCUCGGAGACAUAGCCAAGCUAGAACAAUAUACCUCAGAAUCAAGAAGAAAUUUAUCUAAAGAAACAGUUGUGAAAAAGAUGUCCAUAGAAAUGGAUGUGGAGACGGAUCCUGAUCCACGAUUAAGAUUAGACACAGACGAAUCUUAUCAGAUUAAGAUUGAGACAGUAGGUAACCAGGUUAUGGUGAAAUUGAUGGCAGCUUCGUUUUGUGGCAUGAGACAUGGCUUAGAGACUCUCAGUCAAGUGAUCCUUUUAGACCAGACCACUGGUUACUUAAUAACUGUAUCAAACAUGGUGAUUAAAGAUGCCCCCAGCUACAAAUACAGAGGUCUCAUGUUAGACACUGCAAGAAACUUUAUACCAAUACCAGAUAUCAUGAGAACAUUAGAUGCUAUGGGUUACUCUAAACUAAAUACUUUUCACUGGAGAAUCUCUGACGUCACCAGUUUCCCUUUGUAUCUCCCUGAAGUCCCACAGCUAUUUGAAUAUGGUUCUUAUGGCAGAGCUUAUAUGUAUUCUAAGGAGGAUGUAAGGGCGGUGGUGAAAAGGGCUGGUAUCCGUGGUAUUAGAGUUGUAAUGGAAGUGUCAGCCCCAGGCCCAGUUGGAAGACCAUGGUCUUGGGUUCCAGAAGCGACAUGCCCAAGUAAAAAUAGAAACUUCACUUGCAGCAACAUUUUAUGUUUGAGAUUAGGCAUGCGUGACUCAGUUUUUGAUAUCCUGCAAAUAAUCUACACAGAAAUUUUGGCGAUGACGAAAAUUGAAGAUGUUUUUCAUUUGAGUGACAGUAUAUUUUCUUUGGCUAAUUGCUUCUAUUUGAUUGAAGAGAGAGAAGGGUUUUUGGAAAAGGCUAUUGAGAGAUUGAAGAUGGCUAAUAAAGGGUUCUUACCGAAGUUACCUAUCGUGUGGUAUUCUACGCAUUUGACCAAGGACUAUGAAGCUCGAGCUUGGGACCGGUUUGGAGUUCAAUUAUCAGAAUGGCAGCCAAAUCCAACUGAACAGUUCCUCAGCAGAUUCAAAGUGAUACAUUCAAGCAGAUGGGACUUAUCCUGUGAAAAAAGUUCAUCAGCCCGUAUUCGUCCACUGCUGGACAUAAGCCUCUCCAAUAGCACGCCACUGAGCUCGGUCUUCAGCUCUUCUCAUCCAAGCACAGCCAGCCACCUUGCGGAUGUCGUCACUCCACCUAGCUGGAGGGCGCCCUACAGCGCCUGCACUACGACCUGGCAAGAUAUGUACUCGUGGAAAUCCUGGCGGAACAUAGAGGUGUUCACCAUCGAGGGGGGGGAGAGUAUAUUGUGGACGGACUUGGUUGAUAGUGGCAAUUUGGACACUCACUUAUGGCCUAGAGCGGCGGCAGUAGCAGAACGGCUCUGGUCUGAUAUCGCCCUCAAUGGUAGCGUCAGCGGUGAGGUCUACGUCAGACUGGACAGCCAAAGACCACCACAGAUGGGGCCCCAUAGGGCUGAUGCCGACACGGAGCUGCGGAGGGCUUAA